GCGGCGCCUGCCGCCGCGGCAGCGCCCCCGCUGGCGCCAGCGGAGGCUGCCGCUGCCGCGGCGGCCAAGAGGGAGAGGAAGCGGAAGCGGAGGGCGGAGCAAGAUGUCGCGCCGCCGGCGGCCGCUCUGGAGGCGCCUGCGGUCGCAGAAGCGCCAGGGCCGGCAGUUCUCGCCCCAGCGAAGACGGCCAAGGAGAAGAAGCGGAAAGAGGCGAAGGCGGCCAAAGAGCUGGUGGUGCCAGAGGAGAAGGUUGAGCUUCCGGCCAAGGCCGCAAAAGUGCCGAAGGCGCCAAAGGUGUUGCGUGAGGACUCCGGCAGCGAUGCGUCUGGAAGUUCGGAGGACGCGAAGCCGCAGAGGAAGAAGGGCAAGGAGAAGCGAUCGGACGUGAAGAUUGACUCCUCGGACCUCGAGACGCCCGAGGAGAAGGCGGCAAAAGAGAAGGCGAGGAGGAAAAAGGCCGCCAAGGAGGAGCAGGAAAAGAAGAAGCGAAAGAAGGAGAAGGAGAAGGAGAAGAAGAAACGCGAGAAGGAGCGCGCCCGCGAGAAGCUGAAGGGCGGCCUGCACGCCGGCCUCCCCUACAUGCCGUCGGGGCUCAUGCCGGGAAUGCCCGGCCCGCAGAUGGGCAUGCCCCCGGGCAUGUUCCCGCAGAUGGGCAUGCCUCCGGGCAUGAGCUAUGCGGCUGCGGUGCACAUGUUCGGGCCUGCCAUCGCGGCGCGCAUGAUGGCCAUGCAGCGCCCAGGCAUGCCGGGCAUGAUGCUGGGGCAGGGCAUGGGCCCCAUGAUGGUAGCGCCGGGCGUGGGCCACGCGGGCAGCGGGCCCGCGGGAGGACCGGGCUGGGGCCGCGCUGGCCCGCUGCCAGGAGCGCUGGGAGCGCGGCCGAGGCUGAGCGCGAAGGACAGUGGGCCCGUCGCCAAGGACGCCGCGGCGGUGGCGAAGGACGCCGAGGGCGUCCAGGUGGCUCGGAUGCUGCGGUCGCCGUCGCCGGAGCAGGUUCGCGAGCCCAUCGAGCCGCCACCUGGCAUGCGGUCCCCAGAGGAGCCGCCGCCAGGCAUCGAGUCCCCCGUGUCCGGCGAGUUCAUCCGCCCGGGGAUCAACCUCUCGGCGAUGGCCAACCUCGACGCCGGCGUGCGGCUGCCGAGCCGCGGCGCGGGCGCCUGGCGAGAGGCGCAGGAUGGGCGGUCCAUCGAGGAGCUCCAGAACGAGCUGCAGGUGGAGACUCAGACCAUGGCCACGCAGACGGAGGCGGUCGACGAGGACGACCUCGGGGACGAGGUCGCCGAGCGCUGGUUUGCCGGCUACGCUCUGGAGGGCGCAGGCCUGCUCUCCAGGGCGGCGGCCGAGGGCGCCCAGGCAGCGGCAGCGGGCGACUCGGACGCGGCGGGAGGCGCGGAGCGGCCCGAUCGCGAGGAGGGCCAACUGCGCCGGCAGCUCCAGCGGCACGCCGCGGAGGCGGCCGGGGCUCAGCAGGAGGCCGCGGCCGAGGGAGGAGCGAACAGCAGCUCGUCCUCCUCCAGCGACUCGGACACCAGCGACUCCGAGGCGCGCAGGCAGCGCGCCACCUCCUCGGAGGAGGAGCAGCCGGCUGCGCUGGCCCCCGCGGCGCCCGCCCCCGCCGGCGCCGCUGGCGCCGCCCGGGCGCCGCUGGUCGAUCCGAGGCAGGUCGGGGCCCUGGCGCUGCAGAGGGCCGCGGGGAGAGUCUCAGCACCCGACCGCCUGCUGCAGGCGCGCGGGCCGGCGCGCGAGCGCGAGCGCGAGCGGCUGCUCCACGAGCUCCGCGCGCUGCAGGUGCGGCGCGGGCAGGUGUCAUUCCGCAGAGGGCAUCUGCACACCACCGCCGUGCCUCGGCCGGCCGGGCGCGUGCGCGGCGACCCGGCCCAGGCCGAGCCGCCGCCAGCGCCGUCGGCGCAGCCGGAGUCGGACCAGGUGGAGGCCCUGGACGAGGUGGCGCGGGAGCUGGAGCGCCUCCUCGGCCUCUACCGCUGCGUGGCCGGCCCUGUGUCCGGCGAGGCCAUGGCAUCGGAUGGCGGCCAGAGCGCCUCAGACUGGGUGCUGCGGCACAACCUCAUCGAGCGCCUCCAGAAGGAACGGAUCGUUGUUGUGCCACAUUUCUUGCCACCGCAGCUUGCAGACGCGACCCUCCAGCACCUCAGGGGCGAGGCAGCUGAUCUCACCUGGGACAGGUUUGGGCGCGGCAGCUUCCAGCACUGCUGCCUGGAGAGGCUGCCUGCGCUGGACGGCGUCUACAGGCUCUUGCGCCUGGCGGCCGGGGGCCUGUGGGCGAUGUUCAGCGCGGGACGGUAUUCGAGGGGGCAUUUCUUGCCCGCGCACAACGACAAAGCCUACGUCCACGUCAACGCGGGAGAUGGUGUUCGGGCGCUGCACAGCCGAGGGUAUGCUGGGAUUCUCUACCUGACGAAGGAUUGGCGGGAGGAAGACGGCGGUGCAUUCGUCGACAUCGAAACUGGGGACACCGUUGUGCCUGAGUUCAACAAGCUUGUUGCCUUCAGGGUUCCUCUAUGGCACGAGGUCACUGCGGUUGUUGGCUCGAGGCCGAGAUAUUCACUCUUCGGUUGGUGGCUGCUGCCCGGAAGGCAAUACGACUUCCCCGGGGCCCCACGAUCCUUGAGUUCAACGUGCCCGGCCGGUGGCUGCGGGGAGGAGGGCUUUCUGAGUGAAGUGCGCGCGCGCCUGCAUUCUGGUUCUGGCACGCAGUCCUCCUCGUCCUCCUCGUCCUCCCCGCACCGGUGUCCGACCCCCAGGUCCUCCUCUGUCCCCCCCUCCACGCACUCUUGGCCCCUGGGAGCAGCCUUCCAUCCCCAGGACCGUCGCAAGAUGACCUGUGAUAAAGAGCUGUCUGGGCUAGAGCUUUAA